ACGGGGCGUUCAGCCCGCGGCCGCCGCCGCCAUCGUCCGGCGGCCACGGUUCCUUCAUCACCUCAGGGCUGCGGGCUCAGGGAGGGGGGAAAGGUAGCGGCCAUGGAGAAGUACCAAGUGCUGGGCCUCGUCGGGGAAGGCAGCUACGGAGUGGUGACCAAAUGCAGGAAUAGGGAGAGCGGGAAAAUCGUCGCCGUCAAGAAGUUCCUGGAAAGCGAUGAGGACGCGGUGGUGAGGAAGAUCGCGGUGAGGGAAAUCAAACUGCUGAAGCAACUCAGGCAUGAGAAUCUGGUGAGCCUGCUGGAAGUGUAUAAAAAGAAGAAACGCUGGUACCUGGUCUUUGAAUUUGUGGAUCACACAGUGCUUGAUGACCUUGAGGCAUUUCCAAACGGACUUGACUACAGCAGGGUUCGGAAAUACUUAUUUCAGAUUAUCAGAGGAACAGCAUUUUGUCACAGUCAUAAUAUAAUCCAUCGGGACAUCAAACCAGAGAACAUCCUGGUUUCUCAGUCAGGAGUUGUCAAACUCUGUGACUUUGGCUUUGCCCGUACCUUAGCAGCUUCUGGGGAAGCUUACACAGACUACGUGGCAACCCGAUGGUACAGAGCUCCAGAGCUGCUGGUGGGAGACAUCAAGUAUGGCAAGGCUGUGGACGUGUGGGCUAUUGGCUCUCUGAUAACAGAAAUGCUUACAGGAGAACCUCUCUUCCCUGGAGAUUCAGACAUUGACCAGCUCUACCAUAUCACCAAGUGCCUGGGUAAUUUAAUUCCAAGACACCAAGAGUUAUUCUAUAAAAAUCCCCUCUUUGCUGGCAUGAGGUUGCCUGAAGUGAAGGAGCCUGAGUCUCUGGACAAACGAUAUCCCAAGCUCUCUGCUGCAGUUCUAGAUUUAGCCAAGAAAUGUUUGCAGAUUGACCCAGACAAAAGGCCCUCCUGUGCUGAGCUCCUGCAGUGUGAUUUCUUUAACAAGGAUGGAUUUGCAGAAAGAUUUACUCAGGAGCUUAAAUUAAAGAUUCAGAAAGAUGCCAGAGAUCAUCAAUUACAAAAAAGACCAAAAAUCAGCAAAAGAGACAAAGAUGACAUUUUAGAAGAAAGAAAAAUACUUGGUGUCCAGGACUUCAGCAUUGACCCCAAGAGCAGAGACACAAAGUUACUGAAGGCAAAAUGCUCUAAAGCUGAUGGAGAGAAAGCAGACAGAUCCUCCAACCUCAGCUCCCUCUAUGACACUGCCAUCAACCCCUUUAAAAUGAGCCCUCAGACCAGCCUGAAAGAUUCCAGCAGCAGCUUAGACUACUCCAAGAAUGCAGGCAUUGUUAUCCCUCCCAUCAACCAGAGCUUUUCUCCCACCAUGGCUGGGAUGGGGCCUGUGCCUGGGAACCUCAGUUACAGAGUUGAUGAGAAGAGCAAAAAAUACUUGAACCCAUUCCUAAAGCAAGGGAAGCAUUCUCCAGCAGGCCCCUACAGUGUGAGCCUGACACCAGUUACAAAUGAAAAAAACAUCCUUCAGGCAAACAGGAAAAAAUGGGAAUUCUCCAAGAAAGAUGUGCGUUUGCCAGAACUAAAUCAUCUCCCUGAACUGAGAGGGGUGGAAGCGUGGCAUCCCAGAUUUCUGAAAAAGGAAAAUAAAACAGUUUCAGCAUCCCGUGUCCCCUCCCUUGCUGCUAUUGACCUCCAUAACCUAAGUCUGGCCUCACAGCAGCUGUCAGGAACGUUGAUGCCCAAUGCAUCAGAAUCCAGCUUCCCCAGAGUAGAGCACUAACCUUAUGGAGAGGAUCACAAAUAAAAGUGCAGGUGGCUGACACAGUGGGAACAGUCCACCUGAGUUUCCAGGUGCUAAAGCUGCAAGGUCUGUGCAGGAGAGAGGAGGAUCCCUUACUCUCCUGUUAGUGCAGCAGACUGCCAUGGGAUGCUUGGGUCCGGGCUGAGGACAGAGUUCAUGCUGCCAUUGCUGCUGGAUUUCUUGCUUGCAAAACUGCUCCUGAAAUGUUUGACUUUGUGGCCCAGGGGCAAGGUCUUGUCUGAGGCCACUUAGGGAAAAAUUAGUGGUUAUUGGUGUGUGACAAGGGCAAGAAGCUGGUUUGGAGGAUUUGGAAGGAAGCUGGGCUUUCUUCUCUCCAACUGCUGUCUUCUUCAGGGUUUUAUUUUUAAAUGAAUAAUGAGAGAGAGUAGAUAAUCUGCUGAGUUGUCAGCAGGCUACCUGAUACAUAUUGAAAAAGCACCUUUGCCUUGACAAAAACGCCAGUGAAGAAAAUGUCUGUGCAAGAAAUGAAACCUUUAAAUGUGUAAAUGUCCCCAGCUGUUCUGCUGAAACCCUUGCUAACGCUCAGCAGCGUGUGUCACCUGCUGUCAGCUUCCUUUUCCCUCCGUGCUUUCCUUCCCAUCCUUGGGUGGUUGUAUUUUGGCUGCUGUUAAUGGUGGAGGAAGAGCAUCAGUGUCAACCACGAAGCUGUGAUGCAGGCAGUGUGUGAAAUGGCUUCUGUCACCACUCCUUUAGGUCCCUGGGGGGAAUGGGACAUCUCAAACGUGACAGUGGCUUGUGGAGAGAGAAAAAAUGGCAUCGCUUUCAUCUUGGGACUGUUACAAGACCAUUUUUACUAAACUGCCCUCAAGCUGGUUGUUGUCAGUUCUGUGGUGUCCCUACGUUGGUCACAACUUUCUUUUUUGGCAGCUUUGAGGGUGCUGUCACAGCUCAUGUCCCCCCCUGUACGGUGUCGUUGACUUUGGAACUUGUCUUUCCACAAAAUCCGUGGCCUUUCCCAUUGUUGCAUCAUGGCAGAAUACAGUACAAAUAAGAAUAAUAUUUAGGGCUUUGUGGCUAUGCUGUGUUUGGAUGUGUACGUUAAAACUGGUAAAUAAAGGGAUAUCCAGAUUCCUUGUCUGGGAAACAGCAAA